AUGAAAAAAUUAGAAGUUAAAUAGCAUCAAAAAUUUGCUUAAUUUCAUUAACUCUUAGAAAUUGAUAGUGUUAAAGAUUAGAUGUUAGUGUCCUAUUAAUAAGACUUUUAAUAAUUGAAAAACUUUUAUGCAAACAUUGAUUUUAAUUAUCUCUAAUGGCUUAAUGAUGUAUAUAAAAUCAACUUUGAACCAAUAUAUAAUACAGAGGAAAUUUUAAGAAAUGUUAAAAAUGGAUUAAGAAGUGGAGAAGAUACUUUAAAAUAAAAUAUAAGGAAAAAUCUUAUAUAAUUAUUAUAUUUAUAGAGACCAGUUCCAGCUAUAUUUGUAUUUCUUAAGAUUUCAUCAAUAUCAUUUGAAAUUGUAUAUAAGGAGGACUUUUUAGUAAUAUUAGAUACUAUGUUAUAAAAGACUAAUUUAGAUUAAAAAUCUGAUCUUUAUUAAAAGAUGUAUGAUAGUUUAAUUGAAACAACUGAUGAAGAAAUAAUAUUAUAAAGUAUAAAACUAUUAAAUAAGAAAUUUGAACUUGCUAGUUAAUUAAAUUAAAAAUAAUUUGAAGUAUUUGAUAAGAUAUCUAAUUAAUUCAAUAAAAUUGAUUUUUCAGAAUCUAAAGAAGUUAUUAUAUAAAUUGUUAAAAAUUUUCAGGAAUUUCAAGAAAAACUAAAAAAUAAAAGGUAAAGUUUAGAUUAAGUGAAAUCUGAAAAAUUCCCUUAAUUUGUACUUAAAGUAGUUUUAAUGUUAUUGAAAGAAUAAUAAAUUGUUAUUCCUGAACUUUUAUUGUUUUUAUGUUUUAAAGAAACACAUGAAAAAAAAAAAUCUAUUGCAAUAAAAGCAUAAGUAAAGGAAAUUUUAAAAAUGUUUGCUAUUCCUCGUUUGAAACCAUGUUUAGAUCAUUUAAAAAUUGAAGAUAGUAUAUUUUCUAAAGGAGCUAUUGGAUAUGAUUAAUUGUAUUCAUUAUGUUAAAGAGAAUAUCCAGUAUUCCUUAAUUUAAAACUUAAUGGUGCAUUAAUAUCUUAUAUUGAAUAUCUACAUUAAGCUACUCAUAUUAAUACUUAAUAAUUUUUAAAUGUAUUUGAAAAUCCAGAAUUUAAUGAUUUUUUAGAAUAAAUUUGGAAUAUUUGUGGAAAAGAGAUUUAAUAAUUAUUAUAAAAUAUACUUAUUGAAGAUUUGGAAUAUGCAAAAUAUGGUUCAAAUAUUCUUCGAAUAGGUACAUUUUUAUAUAGAAUCAAAUUCAAAUUAGAGAAAAAGAAGAUGAAUAUAAUGGAAAAAGGAUAUGAUGUAGAUGAAUAAUCAUUAGAAAGAAGAACAUAUGGAGUAACUGAAAGAAGUAUGAAUCCCUUAUUUAAAACAUUUGUUACUGAUUUAGUUCAUAGAAAGAAACCAUUUCCAUUAUUACUUAAAACAUUAAAAAUGGAUUUAUAUAAUUUAAAGGUUGGAUAUAGAAUAACUGAAAUGAGAGAAUUGGUUGUAGAUCCAAAAUUUAAAAAACAUAUGAAAGAAAAACAUGGGGUUGUUUGGAAUCGAGAAGAUCCUGAUGAAAAUUUAGAUCAUAUUAUUGCUAGAUAAUAUCCAAUUAAAGUAAGUAAUAAUGGUAAGAAAUAUGAACUGAAUUGGCCUAGAUUAAUAAAGAAAUAAGCUAAAUUAAUUUAUGAUAGUAGAGAAUAAUUAAAAGCUUAAUUAUUAGAUGUUUAUGCUAACCCCAAUUUCAUUAAAGUAUAUAAUGAAUUGAUUAAAUUAAAUGAUAAUAAUAAAAAAAAAAUGUAAACAAAAGAAAUCUUAAUGAAUUUAGUUGCAUACAUUAAAUCUAUAAAAGAAGAAUGA